UGUUCAUCACAUGGUAGGAGGGUAGAUUAUCAUUUCUGAGUAGCAAAUUAAUUCGAAGAAUUCGACGCUUUUCGGAAGGUGAGAUUUCCUCGUGAAUCACUGUUUUCGUUAGUCCAGAUACCACAAUGAGCAGCAACAGACGACUAAAGUUAAUAGCAGGCCACUUAGACCAGCAGAGUAAAACAGAUGUGGUUAAACAAAAUUGUGCAGAUGCAACAGCAGAACCAACCACUGAGGCUGAACACAAAAAUCCAGGCAGGCAUAACGUCCUGAAGUGGAAUGGCUGGGGCUAUGAUGACUCAAAGUUUUUAAUCAAUAAGGAUGGCCAGGCUGUAUUCACAGGAUCUCGUUACAUACUUGGAGGACACUCUUUCCCUAAAUUGGUGGAUUGGUUUACAAAAUCAUGCCAUGCGGAUGUAAGCAUUUCCUCUCCUGCUCAGCCUCUUCCUGAUCCAAGCACUUUACCAAGUUCACAGAUUAACCAGCCUUUCUUAGAUCAUGUCAAGGGAACAGGAGUGCAGUUUUCUUUGGAUCCACAUAUGAGGCUUUUCCAUGGUCAUGGGCAUACUUGUCAUGAGAUCUUUGAGCUUCGUCAUGGAAUGCUGCACAGGAUUCCAGACAUUGUCAUCUGGCCAAGCUGUCAUAAAGAGGUGGAGAAGGUAGUGCAGCUGGCUGUGGAGCAUAAUGUUUGUAUUAUACCUUUUGGAGGUGGUACUAGUGUGUCCAGCGCAUUGGAAUGCCCAGUUACAGAGAAGAGAAUGGUUGUGUCCCUGGACAUGACAGAGAUGAAAAAGAUUCUUUGGGUUGAUGAAGAAAACUUGGUGGCUCACAUUGAGGCAGGGAUUAUUGGUCAAGAAUUGGAAAGACAGCUGAAUGCCAGAGGUCUCUGUGUAGGCCAUGAACCUGACUCGCUGGAGUUUAGUUCUCUGGGUGGUUGGGUCGCCACACGUGCAUCAGGUAUGAAGAAGAACAUCUAUGGUAAUAUUGAAGACAUUCUAGUGCGUGUGCGCAUGGUGACAGCAAGAGGAACCGUUGAAAAAAGCUGUCAAGUUCCCCGGAUGUCUACUGGCCCAGAUAUCCACCAUUUCAUCAUGGGCUCGGAGGGAACGCUGGGCGUGAUAACUGAGGUUAGUUUGCGGAUCCGUCCGUUACCCGAGUGUAAAGUCUAUGGCUCUAUUGUGUUUCCCACGUUCGAUAUUGGGGUGGCUUGCGUGAGAGAGAUUGCCAAACAGCGCUGUGCUCCAGCUUCGAUUCGCUUAAUGGAUAACGAACAGUUCGUGUUUGGACAAGCUCUGAAAUCUGAAAGUGGAUCGUAUUUCAAGUCUUUUAUCGAUGGCUUCAAAGCUGUCUACCUGACCAAGUUUAAAGGCUUCGACCCACAUCAGCUAGCGGUAGCUACACUUCUUUUUGAGGGAGACAAACAAACUGUCGCCAGCCAACAGAGGAAAAUUUACGAAAUCGCUUCCCAGUUUCGUGGGAUUCCAGGGGGCGAAGAAAACGGCCAGAGAGGAUACAUGUUGACCUUUGUGAUCGCCUACCUAAGGGAUCUUGGGUUUGAUCAUCACUUCCUUGCCGAGUCAUUCGAAACAUCUGUGCCCUGGGACAGAGUCACAGACCUGUGUCGCAACGUGAAAGAAGCGCUGAAACGGAAGUGUGCAAACCUUGGAAUCAAGUACCCACCCUUAGCCACCUGCAGAGUGACGCAGACAUACGAUGCCGGCGCAUGCGUUUAUUUCUACUUUGGCUUCAAUUACCGCGGGCUACCCAACCCAUUAGAGAUGUACGACGCGGUGGAGAGUGCUGCCCGCGAUGAAGUUCUCGCCAAUGGUGGUAGCUUGUCUCAUCAUCAUGGAGUGGGCAAACUCAGAAAGAAGUGGCUUCGUCAAACCGUCUCUGAUGUAGGUAUUGAAAUGUUAAGAGGCAUCAAGCAGGCAGUGGAUCCUCAGAAUAUUUUUGGAAAUGGAAACCUGUUAUGAUUUCACAAUAGGUUAUGAAAAAUUAUUCUAUUCAAUAGUAGAGAGUGUACUGAUUUCGAGGAUGAGUAGCGUCUGAAGUUAAAACUCUGAGUAAACUUUCGCCGUAAUAAUCAACAAAGUUUUUUUUUUAACCCAGACGGAGAGUUUGAAAGAAGGUUAAGCAUAUCAGUUGAAAUAUCAGUACCUUGUCGUGGGGAUCACUGCUGAUCUAACAUGGGAUAUUUACUGGGCUGGAAGUAAGUUUCCAAUCACUACAGUAGUGAAAUAACGAACCGAAAAAAGUGCUACGUAAUAUUAGAGUGGUUUUUUUGUUUUGUUUUUUUUGUUAAUGAACCGUGAAUCAGUAUGAUUUAUCUUGAUCUCGACAUCUUUGGUUUGAAUGUUAAGUUUUAAAGAUCUAAAUUUUCAAAAAAAAAAAAUAAUUGAUUCAGACGCGUUCUUCACCCAGUCAUUGAUUGUCGUAAAAUUUGGCUUUUAACUUACCUGAAAGAUGAAUCUCCUUUACCUUAUGUGAAGACUGAAGGAGACUUUGUUCAAUGAGUACUUCUACUGUAAGGAGAACUGUGUAAACCUCUGGCAAAAUUUUUUGAAAGAUUUUUCUUCACAAUCAUUCGUGGUUGGAAAAACUUCUUAGGUUAUCUUUGGUUGGUCGUGGCCUUUAAUCAUCUCAGUACUUGAAUCGCCAAAAUCCAUUAAAUAAUUAUAAACUUGAAGUAAUCAAGAAAUUUAGGAAACGUAUCCAGAGUUGAUCUUUUAAGACCUUGUAUUUGAAACAGGAUUAAAGGUAUAAAUGAAGGGUAUGUGGAAGGCACCAGAUGGCAGCGAGAUGUAUGCGCCAGUAAAAAUUUGGACACAGUGGUUUUAUACGCGUUUCUUACAUCAUACGGAACGUUCUGUUAUGUUCCCCUUGGCAAACCGUGGAAAUCUUUGCGGUAGUUAAAUUGUUCAAUCUGAAGAUUUGUAAUGUGUAACCCAUUAAAAGUCGAAAUGAUAUUUCAGGAA